AUGAUCACACGUGCCAAAACUUGUAGACUUCACAACACCAACAUUGCCACCAUCUUCACCUCUCCACCCACAUAUUUCUCCACUGCUAAUAAAGAUACUCAAUGGCAUUCCACCAUGGAAAAUGAGUUUAUUGCUAUAAUUCAAAAUAAGAUGUGGUCUCUUAUUCCUCGAUCCUCGCAUAAUAUCGUGAGUUACAAAUGGGUUUUCAAAAUUAAACAAAGAGUUGAUGGUUCCAUUGAACGUCACAAGGCUCGUUUAGUUACAAAGGGAUUUCAUCAACAAGAAGACAUUGACUAUCUUGAAACAUUCAGCCUAGUUGUGAAACAUACUACCAUCCGAACCAUCCUCCCACUUGUCGCCACUCGUCAAUGGCUUAUUCAUGAACUAGAUGUUAACAAUGUCUUUCUACAUGGAAAUCUACACAAAUAA